GUCAUGGAGUUGGCAGAGCAAACCCAAUCCCAACACCGGGGCCGACCUACAGCACCAUCAUGGGCAAGAUCAUCCUUUUCGAGGAGAAGAACUUCCAGGGCCGCUCCUAUGACUGCAUGAGCGACUGCCCCGAGCUGACCUCGGUCCUGAGCAGGUGCCAGUCCUGCCGGGUGGAGAGCGGCUGCUUCAUGGUCUACGAGCGCCCCAACUUCAUGGGCCUGCAGCUGUUCCUCAGGAGGGGCGAGUACCACGACCUGCAGCGUCUCAUGAGCAUGGGCAUGACGCUGGACUCCAUCAGAUCCUGCAGAACCAUCCCCUUUCACAGGGGUCAGUUCCGGAUCAAGAUCUUUGAGAGGGAGAACAUGGGCGGCCAGUCCAACGAGCUGCAGGAGGACUGCGACAACAUCAUGGACCGCUUCCGCAUGAACGACAUCCUGUCCUGCCAGGUGAUGGAGGGCCACUGGCUGCUGUACGAGCAGCCCCACUUCCGCGGCAGGGUGGUCUACGUCAGACCCGGCGAGCACCGCAGCAUCAGGGAGAUGGGCAUGAGCGGCAUCAGGCUCAUGAGCUUGAGGCGCAUCACCGACAUGUGCUAGGGAUGCUCUACUUGGCUUGGAUAAAUAAAAACAUGUCUUCUUCAUAA